AUGUCAGGGUUUGGAGGGAAGUCGCAAGCUAAAUCCUCCAAGGCACCCAAGAAGAUCAUGGGCAUACCCAAGAAGUACUUGGAGAGCUUCGACCAGCUCAUCAAGUCCGGCAAGAAGCCAUACUACGUCUUCGCUCGCGUCAAGGGAGCAGACAAGUGGUACGAAUGCGGAAGAGUUGCCAUUGAGGACGACUCGGCCAACGCGGCAUGCACGUUCUUCAAGAGACUUGUCUUGGAAUAUGCCUGCGAUCUCUAUCCUGUGCUCAUGACAAAGCGGAAUGAGCUGGAAGUUGGGUACUCCGAAGGUCAGUAG